AUGGUCCCUUUUAACAACGAACCAUCCUUACCUUAUUCAGCAGCUGGUAUGGAUGUCACAAAUUUCGAAAGAGAAGAAUUGGUUCAACAGUAUAUUCCAAAGUCAAAAUUGUCAAAGUGUGAACGUGGCUACUCGUUCUCUUUUAUAAUAUUUACCAUUCUUUUGCAACUCGAAAUUAUAUUUAUACCCAUUGAAGCAACAUUCUUAGAUAAAGGUAAAAUUGGUUAUUCACCAAAAGUUGAUAAUAUUCAACAUUAUAUGUGGAAGAAAAGCAAUGAUGUGUUAAUUAGGACCAAGCAAAAGAGAAGCAGCGACUACAGAAGUAACAGUAAUAGUAUAGCUAGUAUCAGUAUUUUAAAUACUACAUUAUUAGGAAAUGAAAUCAUAUUCGAUAAGUGGAAAAACACAGAAAGCACAUCAAACGAUCAACCUCAACAAUACUAUAGCGGACAAUUUGUACUCUUUACUUUUAUUAUUAUUCAUAACAGUGUGACCAAAUUAUUUACGACAGAAUCGGCUCAAAUAUAUGUAAUCGAAUUACAACCAGAAGACGAAUUAACUGUAACAUGUCGAGCUAGUUUACUUGGAUUAGGUGAAGAUAUGGAUGUGAUAUGGUGGAAAGAUAACGAAUUUAUCACUACAACUAAUUCAUCGGUUUUAAUAUUGAAUAGCCAAAAUUUAGGAUUAUAUCGAUGUGUAGCUGAUGUUGCAAUAGUAUCAACUGAUCUUCUAGAUAGUUAUCUUUUAAAUAAUCGAAUAAAACGUUCAGCUGAAAUGCCUCCAGGGAAGGUGCUAAGUAAUGCGCUCAUUGUGAAGCGUGCCAUACCAAUUCAUUUUACUCUUCAUCCAAAAAACUUAACAGUAUCAAAUGGUUCGGUUUUCCGAUUGGAAUGUGCAACAAGUGGUUCAUUUCCUGAACAAAUUAUUUGGUAUCAAAAUGAUACGAAAAUUUUAGUUGACGCAAAUAAAGAUAAUAAUAUUCAUAUAUAUACCACUGAACAUCAAUCCGUAUUGCAUUCAAUAGGAGUAGAUCUGAAUGAUAGCGGCCAAUAUCGUUGUCGUAGUGGAAGUAUAUUUAGUGAUAUAGCAGUCAUAACUGUUAUUUUUGACGACGAUAAGCAUGCAACUGAAAGUUCAGUGAUGUUAACCGACCUUCCGUCAGAAUUGUUAGUUCCUAUUGGUGAAAGUGUUAUAUUGGAAUGUCUUUUGGAUGAUCCACAUUCAACUUCAUCGUGGCAUGUUGUAAAUGAAUAUGGACAACCUAUUCGAAAAUAUCAAAGGGAUGAUGUGAAAACACGUAGUGCAAUGGUAAUUCAUUCAGCCAAUACUCAAGAUAAUGGUAGGUAUACUUGUGUUACCGUUGGGAAAACAGUUCGACAAACAAUUUCAACAUUUGUCACAGUUCAAGUGGCACCAAUUUUGAUGACCAAACGUACGGUGCAAAGGAUCACAGGUAUGCUUGGGAUGACAGUUCGACUUCGUUGUUCGGGAUCUGUUGAACCACAUGAUACAUCAUUUCAAAUAAAUUGGUACAAAGAUGGCAAAAAAGUAGUACCAUUUGGAAGAGCAAAGGUUAUUUUUGAAUUUUUCAAGCGCAUUUUAUGGCCGUUUGAUAGAAUUAUGAUUUUUUGA